GGCGCGCUGUGAGCCAAUAGGAGGCCAGUACAGCACAAAGAGAUCCACUCCCUCCCCUUUCCAUUGUGUCAUUCCUCUCACAAGAGGAGCUUCAGCCCGCAGCGUCGGACGCGCACAGAUUCAGUCUUUCUGUCGACCAACAGACAAAGGAUUUCACUGGCUUUGAAAUGAUUUACUCGCUGUUAUAUCGCGCGAUGCAUGUCGGAUCUACAACAUGGAGAUUAUGAUGAGAAAAAUGCGCAGAAAAUGGUGGAUUGCCGGGCUGCUUCAGGCUCUUGCUGUGUGGAAUAUAAUCGAGGCACAGAUUCGCUACACCAUCCCAGAGGAGCUGAAUGAGGGCACUGUGGUGGGAAACAUCGCCAAAGACCUGGAUUUGAAAUUGUCUGAGGUUUUUGAACGGAAUUUGCGGAUCGCCUCCGAGUCUGGUAAGCAGUAUUUCGGCGUGGAUUCAGCCAAAGGUGAGCUGGUGGUGAGUGAGAGAAUCGACAGAGAGACGUUAUGCAGCCAAAGCGCCACUUGCCUCCUUCCGUUAGAGGCUAUUGUAGAAAAUCCAUUACAGCUGUAUCGUGUCGAAAUCGAGAUUCAGGACAUUAAUGACAAUUCGCCCGUUUUCCAAAACAAUGAGAAGGUUUUAAACAUAGCUGAGUCAACAGCACCUGGUGCAAGAUUUCGGUUAGAAGCUGCACAAGAUCCUGAUGUUGGGUCGAAUUCACUGCGGACUUACACACUCAGUAAAAACGAGCACUUUGUGUUGGAUAUAAAAACAGAAAAGGAUGGAACUAAGGUUCCUCAGCUUGUUUUACAAACGUCUUUGGACAGAGAGAAACAACCAACUCUCGGUCUACUGCUUACUGCUCUAGAUGGAGGAAAACCUGCCAGAACUGGCACAGCAGAAAUCACUGUUCGCGUGCUUGAUAAUAAUGACAAUGCACCAGUUUUUGAAAAAGCUCAGUAUGACGUACAAAUUGUUGAAAACACACCAACAGGAGCGGUAGUUAUAUCUGUCAAAGCUCUGGAUCGAGAUGAGGGUGCUAAUGGUGAAAUUAUUUAUUCAUUCGCACCACAUACAUCUGAAUUAAUACAGAAUUUGCUUUCUAUUGACUCUCUCACUGGAGACAUUAAAGUGAAAAGUAAUGUAGAUUACGAGGCGGCCAGCUCCUUCAAGUUUGAUAUUGUGGCCACAGAUAAAGGUAUUCCACCGAUGGAGGGCGUCUGUAGCAUAACUGUAGAAGUUUUGGAUAUGAACGAUAACGCUCCAGAAAUAGUCUUAAAGUCUCUGCCCAGUCCUGUGCGUGAAGACGCUCCAGUUGGAACAGUUGUGGCUUUGAUAAGCGCCAAAGAUUUAGACACAGGAGAGAACGGCAGAGUCAGUCUGACUUUAUUACCAGGCGCUCCUUUUACAUUAAAACCCUCAAUUUCCAAUCAUUAUACACUAAUUACAGACCAGAAACUGGACAGAGAGUCUCACGCUGUGUAUAAUGUUGUUAUAGUAGCUGCUGAUUCUGGAUCUCCUCAGCUCACAUCUAAGCAGGAGAUCGUCGUCAGUGUUUUAGAUGUAAAUGAUAACCCGCCUAUUUUCACUCAGCCGUUUUACUCUGUUUACGUGAAGGAGAACAGCGCUGCUGGUUCCAUAUUGUGUUCAGUUUCAGCUUCUGAUCCAGAUCAGGGAGAAAAUGCCAAAGUGUCGUAUUCAGUAUUAGAUUCUAGAGUUCUCGACACUCCAGUCUCAUCUUAUAUCUACAUAAACUCCGAUAACGGCAGCAUCUACACCAUGCACUCCUUCGACUACGAGAAAAUGAAAGUGUUCCAGAUCCAAGUUCAGGCGAAAGAUCACGGCUCUCCGUCUCUGAGCAGCAACGCCACAGUUCAUGUGUUCAUUCUGGACCAGAACGACAAUGCCCCCGCGGUCAUUUACCCCUCUGCAGUCAUGGGCUCCGCCUCUCAUCAGAGGAUGCCCCGCUCCGCUAAAGCAGGACACCUCGUCACUAAGGUCACGGCAGUGGACGCUGACUCGGGCCAUAACGCCUGGAUCUCCUAUCGGCUCGCGGAGGCCGCGGACGCGUCUCUGUUCAGCGUCAAUCUGCACACAGGAGAGGUGAGGACUAAGCGCUCCGUGUCCGAGCAGGAUGACUCCUCUCAGAGGCUGCUGAUAGAGAUCAAGGACAACGGAGAGCCCGUGCAGUCCACCACGGUCACCGUGGACGUGCUGAUAGAGGACGGCUUUCAUGAGCCCGUCUCAGACUACCGCAAGAAAAGCGCGGAGGUCAGUAAGAAAAGCGGGAAAAUCACUCUGUACCUGAUCAUCUCUCUCGCUUCUGUUUCGCUGCUGUGUUUGAUGACGUUCUUCAUCUUGCUGGUGAAAUGCGCUCGAGGCAGUAGAGGCAGCUCGAGCUGCUGUAUCAGGCGGAGCGAGUCUGGAUAUAAAAACCCCAACAGAAACCUGCAGAUCCAGCUCAACACUGACGGCCCCAUUAAGUAUGUGGAGGUGCUGGGAGGAGACAUGAUGUCUCAGAGUCAGUCGUUCGGCUCCUAUCUCUCUCCAAUGUCCGAGUUCAGUGAUUUCACCCUCGUUAAGCCCAGCAGCACCACUGACUUCACAGACACGCUCAACGUGCUGGAUGCGUCCUUACCUGACAGCACGUGGAAGUUCGAGAGUCAGCAGGUGGGUGCUUUUUUUGAAAUAUCAGUCUGGAGCAUGUUUGCUUAUCAUCAUUGUUAACAGGUGUAUUUAUCCUGUCGUUAGUGGCGCUUUUAUAAGCUUAAACGUGAAGUUUUUAUGCGUUGCUCGACUGCAUUGUUCUAUUUAGGUCUUUUCACGUCAGGGCAGAUGGUUUUCGCCUAAUUUUUGCCUCUUAUUUUCCUUCACAAUUCGUAAAUUUUCCAUGAGACUCUGAAACUAUUUCAAAUUGAUCUGUCCAUGCUCCUCCCACAUAUGCCUUAAUUCACCCACUGUUGCGAAAUUGGAAAAUCUUAGUGAAACUCUGACAGUUAUCCCAUUCAUAUCCA